AUGGACCCCAACAUCACCAAAGCGCUUAACGACAAGCUCUAUGACAAGCGCAAAAGCGGCGCACUCGAGCUCGAGGGCCUCAUUCGAGAUGCACUUCAAGCGCAGGACCACGACAGGAUAGCCAAGAUCGUCCACGAACUCUGCCACCACUAUGCAUACGCUGUCCACCAGCCCCACGCCCGCAAUGGAGGCCUCAUCGGUCUUGCCGCGGCUUCGAUAGCACUGGGACCUGAAGUAGCCCGUUACCUCGAAGAAAUCGUCCCUCCUGUUCUCGCCUGUUUCUCUGACUCAGAUGCUCGCGUUAGGUACUAUGCAUGCGAGAGCAUGUACAACAUUGCAAAGGUUGCAAAGGGCGAGAUACUUGUAUAUUUCAACCAGGUGUUCGAUGCUCUGUGCAAGCUUGCCGCUGACUCGGAAUUAUCAGUGAAGAAUGGAGCUGAGCUACUCGAUCGCCUUGUCAAGGACAUCGUGUCCGAGUCCGCCGCCUCAUACAUAUCCGUUCUACACCAUCCAAACGAGCUGUUAGGCCACCCAGACGAAUCCCCCGAACACCCUCCGCACCACCUAGAGACCGCUUUCAACCUCGAACGAUUCUUGCCCCUCCUUGAGGAGAGAAUCAACGUCAUCAACCCAUUCACACGCUCGUUCUUAGUUGCUUGGGUCACCUUGCUGGACUCGAUACCAGAUCUCGAACUUAUCGCUCACCUUCCUCGCUUCCUUGGUGGCCUCUUCAAGUUUCUCAGCGACUCGAACACUGAUGUAUAUACCAUGACGCAAGUCGCAUUGGACAGGUUUCUCAACGAGAUCAGAAAGAUCGCGAGGAUCAAGAAAGGCAUCGCUGAGAGUAAGAGGAGUCAAAGCAAAGAUGGACGAAGACUUUCCACAUCAACAAGUACUCGCAGCGAGGUUGGAGGUGAGAGUGAGGCUACAGGAAGCACGCCGAUCGAACACCAAGUUUCAAUUGACGAAGGCGAUCACGCAAGUGGAGAUAGUGAGUCGCUGUCCGGUGAUAGUGGGAAAUCUGUAAAUGGCGACGGCGACUGGAUUCCAGGGCAGGAUGUGCACGUCGAUCAUCCAAAGAUUCUGGAGAUCCUUGCGGGUUUUUUGAGCUCACCGUCAGACGCGGAAGAAGAGCAAACUAGUAUCCUUCUCACAGCUCUGCGCUGGAUCAACGCAUUCUUCGAGAUCUGUCCCGAGGAUAUUAUGCCGUUUGUCCCCAGUCUGCUCUCACACGUGCUGCCACGGAUGUCGCACGAUGUUGACGACGUCCGCCAAGAGGCCCAGAAGGUCAACGCCUCGUUGAUGGACUACAUAAUGUCACUGUCUGAAGACCGCCAAUCGAGUGGCAGCGUAGGCGACAAGAUACAACUUCCUCCUUCACUGUCCGAGCUGGGCAAAGAACUCACAGGCACUCAGCGACGUGACUCAAACCUCUCGAACAGACUUCUCAAAGCAGUGAUUCGUGACCAGGCGGCAGAAGGCAAAGCGGGCACACAGUCUCCCAUCCCAGGAGAAGACCGUGGUCCAUCACCACGUCCAGUACCUGAGCUGGACUAUCAAGCAGCUGUCAGCGCACUCACCUUGCAGUUCUUGAACGAACACGAAGCCACUCGGGUCGCAGCUAUUGCGUGGCUCAUUAUGCUACACAGGAUGGCACCUGGCAGGAUACUCACAGUCGAUGAUGGGACUUUCCCCGCUUUACUGAAAACUCUAUCUGACCCCUCUGACGCUGUUGUCACCCGUGACUUGCUAUUGCUGUCACAGAUCUCCAUGCACAGUGACGAUACGUACUUCACAUCUUUCAUGGUUAAUCUCCUGAAGCUGUUCUGUACAGAUCGGAGACUUUUGGAAACCCGAGGCAACCUCAUCAUCAGGCAGCUGUGCCUUACACUGAGCGCCGAGAAGAUCUACCGCACAAUGGCGGACUGUAUCGUCAAAGACGAGGAUGUUGAGUUUGCGAGCAUAAUGGUUCAGAACCUCAAUAACAACCUCAUUACAGCACCUGAGCUUGCCGACCUCCGAAGACGAUUACGAAACUUGGACAACAAGGAUGGACAAUCGUUCUUCGUUACACUGUUCAAGGCCUGGUGCCACAAUGCAGUAGCAACUUUCUCGCUCUGUCUCCUUGCCCAAGCCUAUGAACAAGCGUACCACCUGCUCCAAGUCUUUGCCGACCUCGAGAUGACAGUGAACACUCUCAUCCAGAUCGAUAAGCUGGUGCAAUUGCUGGAAUCACCAGUGUUCACAUACCUCCGCAUCCAGCUUCUCGAACCGGAGAAGUACCCACACCUGUACAAGUGCAUGUACGGGCUUCUUAUGCUGCUUCCACAAUCAUCAGCCUUCGCGGCACUGAAGAACAGGCUGAACAGCGUGUCUGCUAUUGGCUACCUGCACAUUGCUCCACGCACGUAUGUACCCCAAUCCAAUACCCUAAAUCAUUUGAGGCAAAAGAGCUCAGAAGUCGGUACUUCCAGCGCACCACAAGGUCCCUCUGCAUCCGGAUUUGAGCGACCAAAUCGACUCAAGGCGAGGGAAGAAGGCAGCGUCAAGUGGGCCGAGCUCCUCGACAGGUUCAAAGCAACGCAGGAGAAGGCGAGGCGCACCCAGCAGCAUGCGACAAUGGGCGAGGAUAUCCCAGUCGGCCUCGAGACGGUCGAGGAGAAGGUACAAAAGGGUCCACCAGCAGUGCCACCCAAGAAUUCGGGGUUGCGACCAAAUUCGCCAGCCGGGGCGAUGAGGCCACCAGUCACGCCUGCCGCAGCGAAUGCGGCCCAAGGCCACAAGCCUAGGUCGAGUCUGAGCAACCUUGGACGGUUCGCGGGAGGAGUGGCUGGACGGAACAAGAAAAAGUAA